AUGGCGCAGCUCCCAAAGAAGCGCAAGCUUCAAGGCGGCGCUGAAGCCUCCAACAAGCGCCGGAACCCCGCCAAGAAGCAGGGCAAAAAGGCGACCGGCCCUACAAAGACAGUUAACGACGCCUCGAGUCUGGCCUGGCAGAUGGUUGGUGUAGAAGAGUUUGGCGGCCUUGAGAUUAUUGAGGGUGUCGAUGUGGUGAGAAGUGGCGACAAGGUGUCGUUUGUGGUGGCUGAGAAUGGAACGACCGCAGUUGUUCCCGACGAGGAUGAUGCCGACGACGGCGAAUCAUUCGAAGGUUUCAGCGACGACGAGAAUAAGGAAAUCGAAGCAGAGGAAAAUACCGAGAAAUCUGACGACAAGCCCGAGAAGGCACCCGAAACGAAGCCCAAGCAAGAGAAACAAAAGAAGGACAAGAAGAAAGCAGACAAGAAGGAUACAGCAUUGGAUACAAACAGAAAGGAUACAGCAAGCAAUGCUUUUUCCGCCUUGGAAAGCGUAGGCGAAGAGGAAAACACAGAUGUCGAAGCUUGGGCAGCUCUUGGUCUGUCGCCUAGAGUUUUGUCUGGCAUCGCCAAACUUGGUUUCUCACAGCCUACUCUUAUUCAGCAGCAGUCUAUUCCCGAAAUUCUCUCUGGCGCUGAUGUUAUUGGUAAGGCCCAGACUGGUUCCGGUAAAACUCUUGCCUUUGGCAUUCCGAUCGUCGAACAGUGGUUGGAGCUUCAGGACGCACAACAGGAUGGUGCAGAGCGCAAGGGCCCGCUAGCUCUUAUUCUCAGUCCGACCAGAGAACUUGCAAAGCAGCUUGGCGACCAUAUUAAGGCGCUCUGCGAUAAUCUGUCUAGUGCCCCCUACGUCUGUAUUGUCACUGGUGGUCUGAGUAUUCAGAAGCAGCAGCGCCAGCUUGAAAAGGCUGACAUUGUUGUUGGUACGCCUGGCCGACUGUGGGAAGUAAUGGAGGGCGAUAUGAAGCUGCAGACUGCAUUUACAAGGAUCCAGUUCCUGGUUGUUGAUGAGGCUGAUAGACUCUUCAAGGCAGGCCAGUUCCAGGAAGCUGAGUCGAUUAUUGGAGCGCUGGACCGAGUCGAUCCGGAAGCUGAAGAGGAUUCUGAUGAUGCUGAGUUACCGCCACGACAGACACUUGUGUUUUCGGCGACUUUUGAUAAGGAUCUCCAGACAAAGCUGGCUGGUAAGGGACGAUCGUCCUCUACAGGCACAGAUGCAGAAAAGAUGGCGUAUCUGAUGAAGAGGCUCAAGUUCCGUGGCCAACCGAAGUACAUUGAUGUGAACCCUGUCAGUCAAAUGGCUGAUGGAUUGAAAGAAGGUCUUAUUGAAUGUGGCGCUAUGGAAAAGGACUUGUUCUUGUAUGCAUUGCUUGCGCUCAACCCCGGAAAGCGAACCAUUGUCUUUACAAACUCCAUCUCUGCCGUGCGACGCAUUGUGCCAUUCCUCCAAAACCUUGAGCUCACCGCUCUCCCUCUACACUCACAAAUGAUCCAAAAAGCCCGUUUGCGCUCACUGGAAAGAUUCACUGCCAACAGCAAGUCGAUCCUAGUCGCCACCGACGUGGCUGCCCGUGGUCUUGAUAUCAAAGAAGUCGAUCUCGUUCUACACUACCACGUUCCGCGCACAGCAGACACUUAUAUCCAUCGUUCGGGCAGAACGGCACGUGGAGACCGAACCGGUGUAAGCGUCAUGCUCUGCUCCGCGGACGAGGUGCUCCCCACACGCCGUCUCGCUGGUAAAGUCCACGCCGAGCGUUCAGGCAAGAGGGAAUACUUCAUCGAGACGCUGCCUGUAGACCGCAAAAUCGCAACGCGCUUGAAGCCCCGCGCAGACCUGGCCAAGCGCCUUGCCGACGCCGUGCUUGCCAAGGAGAAGACGCACAGCGAAGACCAGUGGCUUAAGAAUGCUGCGGAUGAGCUCGGUGUCGAGUACGAUGAGGAGGAGUUUGAGGAGAACGCUGCCAAUAGCGGCUGGAAGGGCGGCCGGGGCGGCGGCAGAAAGCGCAAGGAUCAGGAGGCUGCGUCGCUGACAAAGGCGGAAAUGGGGGCCUUGCGAGCCCGUCUGCGUGAGGAGAUGGGCCGUAGGGUCAAUUUGGGCGUGAGUGAACGAUAUAUCACGGGUGGUCGUGUAGAUGUUGCGGCGCUACUGAGGGAGCGUGAGAAGAAUUCUGUUGGUGGAUUGUUCUUGGGCGGUGAUGAUAGCAUGGGUAUGGGAUUUGGAUUUAGUCUGUAA